AUGACCAACAAGCCCAGUGUCUUAUUUGUCUGCGUUCAUAACGCUGGACGCUCGCAGAUGGCCGCCGGCUUCCUUUAUCAUCUCGCAGGUGACACCAUUGAAGUUCGCUCCGCCGGAUCGGCUCCAGCCGACUCUAUCAAUCCCGCUGUCAUAGAAGCCAUGCGUGAAGAAGGAAUCGAUAUCAGCUGCCAAAAACCCAAGAUCCUAACUGCCGACGCAGUGCAAGCCAGUGAUGUUGUCAUUACUAUGGGAUGUGGGGACGUUUGCCCCUUCUAUCCUGGUAAACGCUAUCUCGACUGGCAACUUGAAGACCCCGCCGGGCAAGGCUUAGAAGCUGUACGGGCUAUUCGUCACGAGAUACGUUGUCUUGUUGAGAAACUUAUAUUUGAACUACCAGUCUCAUAG